ACCACCACCACCACCACCACCACCACCGCCACGUGUGUGCUUGUCACAGCAACAUUCAACGGCUUGGCUUGCUUCACUUGUUCCAGCACAGGGAGACGCUCGCUCCUGGCUCAUAGCCACUUUGCUGGCUUCAUUUAUUUCUCUCGCACAGACAGGUCACGUGUAGUGUACACUGAAGACUCACCCAAGCAGCCAGUGGACAAGCAAGCAAAGAACACACACACACACACACACAUCCAGCUAUGGCUGACAUGGGUGAAGUGGAAAUCAUCAAUGUGGACGACUUCGUUCCCAGCACCCCUCGCAUUGACCCGGGCGAAGACGACCAAGGUGAGCGGGAUGCAGAGACAGAGGAGGAGCAGGAGCAGGAGCUCGAGGAGCUCCACAACGCCUCCGUGGACAGCUUGCUGCGCCUCUCCAAAGGGCCAGUGUCAUACCGCGCCUUGCUUCGUCGCCUCGCCAAGGAGAUGCCAGAGCUGCCGGCCUGCAACAUUGAGCUGCGCGGCGUCACGUCCACGGUGGAGGUGCCCGUGGCCCAAGAGGACCACGCCAUCCCGACCGUCGCCCGCAACGCCUGGGCCGCCAUCAAGAAGCUGGCAGCGAUCGGCAAGAAGCAGGACACCCGCUCCAUCUACCGCCUGCACGACGUCUCCGUCUCCUUUCCAGCAGGGACCACCACCUUAGUUCUCGCUCCCCCAGGACACGGCAAGACAUCCCUGUUGCAGGCCAUUGCAGGGAUCCUGGACAUCAACAGUGGAGAGGUGCUGUUCAACGGCCGCACAGCGGAGGAGUCUGAGGCCCUCGUGCCGCGCCUGGCGGCGUACGUUGGCCAGGACGACGUGCACAUGCCGCAGCUCACCGUGCGCGAGACCCUCACUUUUGCUGCGCAGAACGCCAACGUCACCGAGCACCUGCCCGCCGACUCCGAGCUCGUGCAGGAGUACGCGCGGCAGCGGGUGGACCUGGUGCUGCGGCUGCUCGGCCUCACCAACUGUGCCGACACCAUCGUCGGCAACGACCUGAUUCGCGGCGUGAGUGGUGGCGAGAAGCGGCGUGUCUCCAUUGGCGAGCUCCUUGUCACCAACGCCCGCUGCUUCCUGCUCGACCAGUACAGCACGGGCCUCGAUGCCUCCACCACCAUCGACAUCACGCGCUCGCUCGUGGCGUGGGCGCACCUCACAGGCGGUGUCGUUGUCUCCACCAUGCUGCAGCCGCCGCCAGAGGUUGUGGACAUGUACGAUAACGUCGUGGUGCUGCGGGAGGGCCAGGUGGUGUAUGCGGGCCCCCAGCAGCGGUUGCGCCCCUUCUUCCAGGACCUGGGCUUCUACUUCCCGCCCAUGGACACGGCAGACAUUGUCACAGAGAUUGUCACGCACCCGAGCAAGUGGGUGCGCAAGUACAGUGCGGAGCACAAGACCCACCACAAGCAGCAGCAGGAGCAGCAGCAGCACGAGGACGAGCGGCUGCAGCUGAAGAUCACGGCGGCCAUCGAGGGCGAUGCCUCCGGUACCUCCGACACCAACGCCAACGCCAAGGCAGUUGCUUCCGCAACUUCGGCGGAGACGGCGUUUGCCAAAAGGCGGCGCAGCAGCAAGAUUGUGUCUCCCGAUAUGACGACCCCCAUCACCACCGGGCACAUGCGUAAGGCAUAUGAGGUGGUGGCGGCUGACCUGGAGGCGCAUCGCCGCGCGUCACUGCCCGCCACCAGCGACAGCGGUCGCCUCACCAACGAGUUCAGCAAGGCGCAGUAUGGCCGACCGUACGCAAAGUCGUUUGGACAGCACCUUAUGCUUAGCGUGCAGCGGCAGCUUCGGCUUAUGAGCCGUGACCCGCAGUUCCUAGUGGCCCAUUUGGUGCAGAGCUUGUUCCUGUCGCUGAUUCUUGGGUCCCUGUUCUGGCAGUUGAGCACUGCCGACUUUCAGCUGCGCGUUGGCCUGCUGCUGUUCGUCCCCACGCUGCUUGCCUUCAACAACAUGGCUGAGGUGCCCGUUGCCAUGGCCGUGCGCGACGUUGUCUACCGCCAAUACCACGCCGGCUUCUACUCCACCGCCGCUUACACGCUUGCCGUGAACCUCGUGCACCUGCCGCUCGCCCUGGCGGAGUCGAUCAUCUUCUCCUGUGGCGUGUACUGGAUGUCCGGCUUUGUUGAGGAGGUGGACCGGUUCUUCUUCUUCCUGCUCUUCCUCACCCUCGUCGGCUUCAGCACGGCGUCCAUGUUCCGCAUCAUCUCCUACGCCGUGCCCUCCAUGGAGGCUGGCCAGGUCAUGGUUGGGCCCGCCAACGCCGUCCUCACCCUCUUCUCCGGCAUUAUGAUCACCCGCGCCAACAUCCCGCCCUGGUUCAUCUGGAUCUACUACAUCUCGCCCUUCUCCUGGAGCAUCCGCUCCCUCGCCCUCAACGAGUUUGAGAGCGACCGCUACGCCGCCGCUGCCCACAACGGCACCAGCGCGCCCACGCUCGGCGAGCUGUACCUCGAGUCGUACGAGCUGCAGUCUGGUGGCGCGUGGAAGUGGUACGGCGUGCUUGCCCUGCUCGUGUACCUGGUCAUCAUGGUCUCCCUCAGCGUGUGGGUGCUGAGCCGUGGCAAGCCAGACACGAGCCGUGGCACGUCCCGGGUGGAGGAGAAGGACGACGAAAACCCGCACCUGUCGUACACGGACGACAAGGGCGUUGGCCAGCGCGCAGACACGGUCGUCAGCAUUGCAGCAUCCCUCUCCUCCCUCGACGACGAGACAAACACCGACAGCAGGACCAACGGCAACAGCAACAGCAACAGCAACAGCAACGGGCUGGGCAGCGUGAGCCGGGACCAGCACGCGCUGCCGUUUGAAGAAGCGUCGCUCGUGUUCAAGGACCUUUGCUACGAUGUGACAAUCAAGAAGGACAAGACGCACAAGAAGGAGACCACCAAGCGGCUGCUGAACAACGUGUCCGGGUACGCGCGGGCCGGCGAGCUGACAGCGCUCAUGGGCGUGACCGGCGCUGGCAAGACGACACUGCUUGAUGUGCUGGCCCGGCGCAAGACGGGUGGCACCACCUUGGGCAACAUCCUCGUCAACGGGACCGUGCCCUCCAAGGCACGGUUUGCGCGCCUUGUGGGCUACUGCGAGCAGAACGACCUGCACGAACCCUUUUCCACGGUGGAGGAGGCGCUGCACUUUAGCGCUGCGCUUCGAUUGCCUGCAAGCAUCCCCGAGGAGAAGCGCAAGGUGUUUGUGGAGGAGGUGAUGGACCUGAUUGAGCUGUCGCACCUGCGCAACCGCAUCAUCGGAUCGCCUGGCCAGGAGGGCGGGCUGUCGCAGGGCCAGCGCAAGCGCCUGACCCUUGGUGUGGAGCUAGUGGCAAACACGUCCAUCCUGUUCCUGGACGAGCCAACCUCCCAGCUGGACAGCCGCGAGGCAGAGGUGGUGAUGCGCGUCGUGCGCAACGUUGCCCGCACAGGCCGCACGGUGGUGUGUACCAUCCACCAGCCCAACGCCGAGCUGUUCUCCAUGUUUGACCAGCUGCUGCUGCUGGCCAAAGGCGGCCGCGCCGUGUUCCACGGGCCCACAGCCAAGCUGCAACCCUACUUUGAGGCCAUCCCUGGUGUGCUGCCCAAGGACGAGCACGUGAACCCGGCCACGUGGAUGCUGGAUGUCAUUGGCGCCAGCAGUGCCGGCGUUGGCGAGGACACCACGGCGGGCAGCAGUGAUGGUGGUGAUGGUGGUGCUGUCAACAGUGCUGUCGGCCGCAGCGCUGACGAUGAUGGUGCGUUGCCGCCUAUGUCCCCGGAUGACUUCCCGCGCAUGUACGAAGAGAGCGAGUUGCGGCGCAGCGUGGGCCGGCAGAUUGACGUGCUGGUCCGUGCUGCUGAUGGUAGUGCCGAUGAUAAGGCCGAGUCUGUGGACGAAACCAGCAUGCGUGCAACAAGCCGCGUGCAGCUGUCCUUCGUCAUGCGACGCGCGUUUGUUGCGUCCUGGCGCAACGUGGACUACAACCUGACGCGGCUGGUGGUGAUCACGGGGCUUGGGCUCCUGUUUGGCCUGCUGUACCUGCGUGUGAAAGAGGAUGACCUGGCUGGCGUUGUCUCCAAGAUGGCCGGCCUCUUCUCCACAGCCAUUUUCUCCGGCGCUAUCAAUCUCCUCACAGCCAUCCCAGUCAUCGUUGGCCUCCGUGCUGUGGUUGCGCGCGAGCGUGCGGCCAACAUGUAUGCUGGCUGGAUGCACAGCAUUGCCAUGGCGCUGGCGGAGUUCCCGUACCUGAUCGUGUCCAGCCUGUGCUUCCUGUGCGUGUUCUACUUUAUGGCAUCGCUCAGUCUGGACGGCGCCACCCUCAUCCUCUACUUCCUCACGCACAUUGUGCUGGCGUUCCUGAUGGUGUUUAUCUCGCACUUCUUUUCCAACCUGUUCCCGACAGCGGAGACGGCGACGCUCGCUGCCUCCACCGUCAUGUCCGUCUCCUUCCUGUUUGGCGGCCUCUUCCUCCCCGGCCCUGCCAUGCCGGAUGGCUACAGGUGGAUCUGGCACGCAAACUUCAUCAAGUACGGCCUGAACGCGUUGGUGGUGCCCCAGUUUUACUGUGACGACGGUGCCGGCACCGGCAACAGCAGCAUGCUGAGCGGCAACGCCACGUCCUGCCCCACCAUUGACCUGGUCACGCCUGACGGAAUUGAGGAGGUGACCGUCUCCAACUAUGUGCAGGACUUCCUUGGCCUCGACUACGAUAACCGCUGGGCGGCGUUCUUUGCUGUUGUGGGCUAUGCUGUUGGCUUCUGGAUCUUCUCCUUCCUUGCUGCCCGCUACAUCAACCACGUCAAGCGGUGAUCUGGUGAUGAUGUGGUGAUUGUUGUCAUGCGGUAUGUGGCACCGGUGCACUGGUUGGUGUUGCUAACCGUUGCUGAGUGUGUGUGUUUGUGUUUGUUGACGACACCGCAUGCACGUAUCGUGUGUGUGGCGCGAGAGGGAGGCUCAAAGGACUUAAUGACUGCUUGCCCUGUUUGAAUGAAGACCAGCCGUUGACGCAGUGAUGCGAGGAUAAACAAACAACACCCUG